AUGGGCAGAUCAGAAAGUCAGAUGGAUAUAACUGAUAUCAACACCCCGAAGCCAAAGAAGAAACAGCGAUGGACCUCCUUGGAGAUCAAUCUCUCCAUCCUCGUCCUGCUCCUCACCAUCAUUGCUGUGACCAUGAUAGCCCUCUAUGCAACCUAUGACGAUGGUAUUUGCAAGACAUCAGACUGCAUAAAAUCAGCUGCUCGACUCAUCCAGAACAUGGAUCCCACUGCUGAGCCUUGUUCCGACUUUUUCAAAUAUGCCUGUGGAGGCUGGUUGAAACGCAACGUCAUCCCUGAGACCAGCUCCCGUUACAGUAACUUUGACAUUUUAAGAGAUGAACUAGAAGUCGUUUUGAAAGAUGUCCUUCAGGAACCCAAACCUGAUGAUAUAGUAGCAGUGCAGAAAGCAAAAACAUUGUACAGAUCGUGCAUAAAUGAAUCUGUUAUUGAUAGCAGAGGUGGCAGGCCUCUACUCAACAUGUUACCAGAUAUAUAUGAAUGGCCAGUAGCCACAGAAGGCUGGGAGCAAACAUAUGGUACUUCUUGGACAGCUGAGAAGGCUAUUGCACAACUGAAUGCUAAAUAUGGGAAAAAAGUCAUUAUUAAUUUUUUUGUUGGCACUGAUGACAAAAACUCUUCAAACUAUAUAAUUCAUGUUGACCAACCUCGACUUGGCCUCCCCUCCAGAGACUACUAUGAAUGCACUGGAUUGUAUAAAGAGACUUGUACAGCAUAUGUGGAUUUUAUGAUUUCUGUGGCCAAAUUGAUACGUCAGGAAAGAGGACUGCCCAUAGAUGAAAACCAGCUUUCUCUGGAAAUGAAUAAAGUUAUGGAAUUGGAAAAAGAAAUUGCCAAUGCUUCAGCUAAACCUGAAGAUCGAAAUGAUCCAAUGCUUCUUUAUAACAAGAUGAAAUUAUCCCAGGUCCAAAAUAACUUCUCAUUAGAUAUCAAUGGGAAGCCAUUCAGCUGGUUCAAUUUCACAAAUGAAAUUAUGUCUACUGUGGAUAUUAAAAUUACAAAUGAAGAAGAUGUGGUUGUUUAUGCUCCAGAAUAUUUAACCAAACUUAAGCUCAUUCUUGCCAAAUACUCUGCCAGAGAUCUUCAAAAUUUAAUGUCCUGGCGGUUCAUAAUGGAUCUUGUAAGCAGCCUCAGCAGAACCUACAAGGAGUCCAGAAAUGCUUUUCGCAAGGCCCUUUAUGGCACAACAUCAGAAAUAGCCACUUGGAGACGUUGUGCAAACUUUGUCAACGCCAACAUGGACAGCGCCGUGGGAAGGCUUUAUGUGCAAGCAGCAUUUGCUGGAGACAGUAAACACGUGGUUGAGGAUUUGAUUACACAGAUUCGGGAAGUUUUUAUUCAGACUUUGGAUGAGCUGACUUGGAUGGAUGCUGAAACAAAAAAGAGAGCUGAAGAAAAGGCCUUGGCAAUUAAAGAAAGAAUUGGCUAUCCUGAUGACAUUCUCUCAGAUGAUAACAAACUGAAUAAAGAAUAUGAGGAGUACAAGUACAAGGAAGAUGAAUACUUUGAGAACAUAAUGCAAAAUGUGAAAUUCGGCCAACAUAAACAACUAAAGAAGCUUCGAGAGAAGGUGGACAAGGAUGAGUGGAUAAGCGGACCUGCUGUAGUCAAUGCAUUUUAUUCUUCAGGCAGAAAUCAGAUAGUCUUCCCAGCUGGCAUCCUGCAGCCCCCCUUCUUCAGUGCCCAGCAGUCUAAGUCAUUGAACUACGGGGGUAUUGGCAUGGUGAUAGGACAUGAAAUUACCCAUGGCUUCGAUGACAGUGGCAGAAAUUUUAACAAGGAUGGAGAUCUUGUUGACUGGUGGACACAACAGUCUGCAAGUAAUUUCAAAGACCAAUCCGAAUGCAUGGUGUACCAGUACGGAAACUUCUCCUGGGACCUAGCAGGUGGACAGCAUAUCAAUGGAAUUAAUACUCUGGGAGAAAACAUUGCUGAUAAUGGAGGUAUUGGCCAAGCAUACAGAGCUUAUCAAAAGUAUGUUAAAAAGAAUGGUGAAGAAAAAUUACUUCCUGGACUUCACCUAAAUCACAAACAACUCUUCUUUUUGAACUUUGCUCAGGUGUGGUGUGGGACGUACAGGCCAGAGUAUGCAGUCAACUCCAUUAAAACGGAUGUCCACAGUCCGGGCAAUUUCAGGAUCAUUGGGACUUUGCAGAACUCCCCUGAGUUUGCAGAAGCCUUCCAUUGCCUCAAGAAUUCAUACAUGAAUCCAGAAAAGAAAUGCCGAGUGUGGUGA